AUGUUGAUGCAGAAUCUGGAAGAUUUUGAAGAUGCUGACGAACCAGUCACUGUGCUAACAGAAGGGCUUUACCGACGUGACUCGACUGAGUAUAACGACGAGAACCAAUGGGAUCUCGUCGGAAAUGGAGGAGCAACUACAAGAUCAGGCACUUUGAGGAGGAACGGUGUGAUAAUGUUUAAUUACACACAAGCAUCUCUAGCCAUUGGCCCUAACCGAUUCUACAAGAGAACGAUAAGGAGGAAGGGCGCUUGGCAACUCUAUACGCUAGUUCACUAUACCACAGCAGCAAUAAACGGAGAGAGACCGCAAUUUACCUGUCUGAUGCAAACAGCAACUCUUGGUGACUGUUGUUUGAUGUCCUCUUCAAAUAAACAGUGUAUUUCUUCACCCAAUUCGUUCUUUCUUCACCCUUUAAAAACUAUGAGGAACAAUUGUUUGCUAUUACGUCACAUAGUUUGCUACAGUUUCUGUGAUGCAGAACAAAUCAUGGCUUUGUAA